UCGCUCCACGAAGGGCGCAUCUUGGCAGAACGGCGCUAAGACCUGGCAGCCUUCCUGAGGCGGGGGAAGCGGCAGCAGGGAGGGACUGCGCGGCGAUUGUUGAGGGAGCCGGCUGAGAGGUUGACAUUUGUGUGCCGUGGAGCGGCGCGCAUCCCUGUGCAUACUCGGCGCCGGACCAAGCCGAGCCGCGCUGGGAGCUUCUCCGAGCUCAGUGGCCGGCUGUGGCAAGCGACAUCGGCGGGAGCGCACGUGCUGCCCGAGCUGUCUCCUGCCUCCCGCCGUUCAUGCUCCGGACCAUGGACAGACUCAGCGUACUGGAUCAGCUCCUUCCUGAGCUGAAUGUCCUGCUCAAACUCUUGGACCACGAAUACCUGAGUGCCACUACAGUGGAGAAGAAAAACACCGUUUCAAAUAUCUUACAAAAGCUGCAGCCUCCAGCAGACUUCCUGCUGACUGAUUUCUGCUGAGACAGAAGAUUUCCAUAGGAAGAGCAAAUGGUUCGCAUUCACUGAUCAGGAGAUUUCUCUCUUCUGUCCUGCAGCAACACCCAGCAUAUAUAUUCUUUAUAACUCUGGAUCACUUGAAGCAAUUCUGAAAUGGCCCUCUCUGAAGGAAAGUGAUGUCUCCUCAUUUUUGCCUUAUACUUUUCAGAUAUCAAUUCUUCCUCUUGAGGAUAGACAUGCCCCCCUUUGACCUUCUUUGAAUUUUGUCUGAAAUUGCUAUUUAACUAGACUGGCUGAAGUUCUGGGAACUAUAGAUACAUUAAGUGAAAAAGUUUCAUUCAGAUAGCUGGAAAUAUAAAUGCAACAUUUGUUCAGAUAGUGCGAAUUUUACUGCUGUCUUAUGAAAUCAUGAUAGAAACCAACAAGAAAUUUAAAGUGCAAUGGGCAAAUCUGUAUGGUCUCAUAUCUGUUCUGUGAAGUCAUUAUGGCAUAGACAAAUCUAUGAAUUAAAUCUAAACUUAGUAAAACAGUACUGAUUUGAGAGAUAGGGAACUCAAAAUUCUGCAAGGACUAAAUACCUGUUUGGCUGUAUUGGAUAUUUUUUCCUAUAGAUUUGGAACAGGAGUUUAAGCUGUUCUUUAUCUUUAUGUUCCAUGAAUGCUCACCAGUUUUUACCUGUUAAAAGAUCACACAUGGCAAGUGAAUUUUCAUUUUAAAAAAUGCUAUCUCAUUACUACUGAUUGCUUCUUUAAAAUGUACAAUAGGAAACAUUAAGUAUGUUCUGCAGUUUUUUGUGUACAUUGCAGACCAAUGAGAAGCCCAAGAGUUUAGCUUCCUGCAUAAACUAAGCUUCCUGUAGAAGUUGUCCUAGCAAUGACUUGCAACUGUGAGAGGGAAGGUCAAAUAUUAAAAUUUGAAUGUCAUUUUAUGUGUGUUUAUUGUAUCAUUUCUGCCUUUCAGGGAAGGAUGCAAAUUACAUGUAUAUGAAUACGACAGCACUGCACAAUGGUACUAGUUUUGUGGAAUCACUGUUUGAAAAGUUUGACUGUGACUUGGGCAACCUUCAGGACAUGCAAGAAGAUGAUGGAGAUGGUAAAGAAGGUAUCAACUUGGAACUCUCAAGGAGUCAAUCAGCUAAAAGCGUUUCUGGGGAGCCACCUCCACCAUUGCCCACAACUCCUCCUCCAGAAGAUUAUUAUGAAGAAGCUCUGCCAUUGGGCCCAGGCAAAGCUCCUGAGUACAUUACAUCUCAUAACAGCUCCAGUCCUCCCAAUUCAAUAGAGGAUGGAUACUAUGAGGAUGCAGAUAGCAACUACCCUGUCACCAGAAUAAAUGGAGAGCAGAAAAACUCUUACAAUGACUCUGAUGCAAUGAGCAGCUCCUAUGAAUCUUAUGAUGAGGAGGAAGAGGAUGGGAAAGGCCAGAGGUUAACGCACCAAUGGCCAUCAGAGGAAGCUUCUAUGAACCUGGUGAAGGACUGCCGGAUUUGUGCUUUCCUGUUGCGUAAGAAGCGCUUUGGACAGUGGGCCAAGCAACUGACAGUCGUUAAGGACAAUAAGCUUCUGUGUUACAAAAGCUCCAAGCACAGACAGCCACACCUUGAAGUGCCUUUGAGCAUCAGCAAUGUUGUCUAUGUGCCAAAGGACGGACGCCGGAAGAAGCAUGAGCUGCGCUUCUCACUGCCAGGAGCUGAGGUCCUAGUGUUAGCAGUGCAAAGUAAAGAGCAAGCUGAAGAAUGGCUGAAGGUGAUAAAGGAAGUAAGCAAUCCCACUGGAGGAGGACUAAAUGGAAGUGAAGUUCCUCUAUCUCCUACACUUACCUACAAGAUGGACCAUGAUAAGAAGUCAUCUCAGGAUAAACAUACUUCUGACUCGGACAGCAUUGCAACGGCAGAAAAUGGUUCUUCUUUACCCCAAAGAGAGAGCCAUGAACAAGGGAAAAGCAAAAAAAGUGGCUUGGCUGAGCUAAAGGGCUCUGUGAGUAGAGCUGCUGGGAGGAAAAUAACCAGGAUAAUCAGUUUCUCAAAGAAAAAGGCUUCCCCUGAAGAUACCCAAACAUCCUCUACAGAAGAAGACAUCCCAUGCUGUGGCUACUUGCAUGUUCUUGUUAACCAGUGUUGGAAGGAACGUUGGUGUCGUUUAAAAGGCAACAUGCUUUAUUUCCACAAGGACCGCACAGAUUUAAGGACCCAUGUGAAUGCCAUUGUCCUGCGGGGAUGUGAGGUGGCACCAGGACUGGGCCCCAAGCAUCCCUUUGCUUUUCGUAUCCUUCGCAAUGGACAGGAAGUCUCUGCCUUAGAGGCAAACAGCUAUGAAGAUUUGGGACGUUGGCUUGGAUUGCUGCUGGUUGAAACUGGUUCCAAGACCACUCCAGAGGCCUUGCAUUAUGAUUAUGUAGAUGUUGAGAAAAUAGCCAACAUAAUCAAUGCUGUGAGAUACUCUUAUAUGUGGGCCAGUUCCUCUCUUGAUAACCAAACAGAGCCAACUCGUGUAUUAUAUGAUGAAGUCCCCUACGAGAAAGUGGAGUCAGAAAAAUCAGGGUGGUCAUCAGGAUCCCAGGUGAAGCGGCAUGGCUCUUCCUGCAGUGAAAAAUCACGUCGUAUAGAUCCACAAGUUAAAGUCAAGCGUCAUGCAUCAAAUGCCAAUAAUUACAAGUAUGGAAAGAACCGGGCUGAGGAAGAUGCUCGGAGGUUCCUAACAGAGAAAGACAAGCUGGAAAAGGAGAAGGCGUCCAUUAGAAAUGAGCUUAUUGAGCUGCGUAAGGAAAAGCGGGAACUACGGGAGGCCAUGAAGAGCAAAUCAGGGAAAGAACUGAAGGAGCUGGAGCAGCGUGUUGCAGCCUUAGAGGAGCAGUGCAAAACCAAUGAGGCACGACGGGUGGACCUGGAGCUCAAACUGACCGCAGUGAAAGACCAGUUGAAGCAGUCACUAGCAGGAGGGCCAGCCCUGGGGCUAACUGUAAACACAAAGACUGAAAACAAGGACACUGUUACUCAGCCAAAUGGAAACCCCCCAGAGAAUUUGGUCCCAGUUAACUGUGCAUCAGAAAUGAGGAAGCGAAGCCCCUCUCUCCUUCCUGCCAACAAAGGGACUGUGUUGCAAAAAGCAAAGGAAUGGGAAAUGAAGAAAACAUAAAGGAUCUCUGGACCUUCAUCCCUGAGAUGAACUCCUCUCAAGUACAGGGACACUCUUGAGAAAGGCUAAAGCACCACAAAAGUCUUUCACCCUGCAAAGAAAUUGCAGAAUACUGAGGAACUUGGUUCCUCCACAGUGAGAGCAACCAACUUCCACUAAAUGAAGGAUUAACAAACAGAAGAGCUUUUGAAAACUGGCGUGGGUAACAGAGGGAGGGGGACUUUGGGAAACAGGGUGGGGGAAGAGAAAUCUUUUCAAGGAUUUGUUUGUUGUGUCUGUGUCCUUAGAGUACUCUUUGUUGAGUGGCCUAAGAGGAGCAACUCAGUAGGGUUGGCCUGCCAAGCAUCAGGACUGAUCCUUUUGCUAUUGGUAAUAAAGCAACCAGAGUAUAGAUAUUUUAAUGAUGGGGAUGAUGGUGGUGGUGGUGGUGGUGGUGGUGAAUUUCUUCGGAGAUCCUCAUUCAAAAAAAAAAAAUCAUCUAAAACCUUGAACAAAUCUUGUUGCAACUUCUCACACACAGGAAACCAGAUGAAUAUCGCUCAGUGCUAGGAAAUGAGGCAUGACAUGGAAGUGCCUUAAUCAGUCCUCUUGGAGGAUAUUAUUUAAGCCCCCCCCCCAAUUCUGUCAGCCUGAUUCAAAUCUCAUAUUUUUCUGUCAAACCAUAUCAGGGCAGCAACUGUUGAGUAAUGAGGGCACAAUAGAGUCCCAAAGAGAAGACCUAGUCAGAAUGAUGUUUUUAACUCAGGACUGCCAAUUAGGAAUAUUCUCUCUCUCUCUCUCUCUCUCUC